UGCCCCCUCCGCUGAUUCCCCAGAGCACCGCCCGCCCGGCUCGUGCCCGACGUUCGCCGGCGUCCUCCGCGUCUGUAGCGGCGGCGGCGACGGCCACACAAACCCGGCCGCCAUCAACAACAACAACAUCAUCGCUGCCACCACCAGCAGCAGCAGCAGCAAUGAUGAUGAUGAUGGCCACCACCACCACCACCAUGACAACCGUGGCUGAGCAGCGGCCUCCCGACCCGGAGCCUCCGGAGGAGAUGGGCGGCCGGUUGCUGGAGCUGCUCUCGGGCUCGGCGCUCGGCGCAAAGUAUCACCGACUGUUCGCCGGCCUCGACAGCGGUAUCAGAGCCAGAAAGAAUGCGAUUAACAAGAAGAAGUUAAAGAAGAAACAGAGGCCAAAGUCAAAAACCAAACAGAAGUCUAAGGCCGACGGCACGGAUGGCGCCCUGCCGCCGCCCGAAAUCAAGCUGCACAGCAACCCGUCGGCCUUCAACGUGUACGCCAGCGUGCGCCAGUGCGUGCUUGAGCGGCGCUGGCGUGCCGGCUGGCCCGCAGGCUCCCUCGGCUCGGGCGGCGCCAUGGGCUCCCUGCUGCCCGGCGGCGCCGCGGGUCGCGCGGGAGGCGCGCUGGCCGGCGGGGCGGCGGGGGCGGCCGCCGGGGUGCAAGCGUCGCUGUCGGCGGCGCAGCUGACGGGAGCCGGGGGGCUGGCCGCGUUUGGCGGCGACUCGGAGAGCGAGGAGGAGGACGAGGAGGCCCGCGAGCCGCCCACAAAAUUACCCAAGAUUGUCGGCAUGGGCCUGUGCGGCGUGUUUGAGCUGAUCCGCGAGACGAGACGGAGCCACCCGGCGGUGUGUGCACGCAGCCUGCAGGCGCUGCUCGAUGUGCUGCAGGGACAGCUGCCCGAGGGCCUGCAGAGUGAGCCCAGCGACAUUCUGGAGGCUCUGUUCGCGCUGCUUCUGGACCUGACGACGAGAAACGGGCCCGGCUCGUCGUCCGCAUCGACGCGUGCGAACGGCGGGGUCGAGGGGAGCACCGGAGGAGGAGGUUCAUCUUCCACCGCCACCGGCUCUUCUUCCUCGGCGGGCGCGAACAGCGACAGCAUCACGUCGCUGGCGUGCGCAUGCCUCUUCAGCCUCGUCGUGGCGUGGGGCGAUACGGGCAAGAUCCUGCGCGCCGUCUCGGCCAUCCUCUCCCGCAACAGCAGCCUGUCAUCGCAAAUCAUACAGGUGCCGGCCAUCCUGAGCGCGCUGCAGCGGUCCGUGCAGGCCGCCCUUGUGGGGCGAGCGCAGCUGCAGGACUGGUGCAGCGGGGGCGUGCGGCGGCGCGCGCUGGUGCAGCGCUGGAUCCUACGGGAGGUGUCCACGGAGCUUGCAGAGCGGUGCCUCAUGCAGAGCGACGGCGCCUAUCUCUACGUGCUCACUAGCAAGGGCCUCUACAAGGUCGGCUCCGGCUACGGCGGCACCGUGCGGGGCCACGUGUACCACUGCAAUCUGUCCAUUCGCAACCGGAAGGAUCGCAAGGCGUGGCUGGGACACAUACAGGGGCGGCUGCUGUACCAAGACUGCGCCACCUCGGGACAGCCGGGCACCGCCGUGAGCAUCCACGCCGAGACGCUGGAGCAUGGCCCACCCGUGAGCCUGCCCGGCCGCAGCGUGGAUGGAGAGAGCAUUCUGUUUACAGAUGGGGAGCACGUGAACCAAAUCGCGGCCUCCAAAGAUGACGGGUUCGUGGUGCGAGCGCUGUCCGUUGGCUCGGAGCCACCCCCACAGCAGGAGCUGCAGCUGAAGCUGGCGCGCAAGUGCCUGCACGCAUGCGGCCUCUCGCUGCUCGACAUGGAGAAGGACCUGCACAUCAUCAGCACAGGCUUUGACGAGGAGAUGGCCAUACUUGGAGCUGGUCGCGAGUUCGCUUUAAUGAGAACGGCCAACGGAAAGGUUUACUACACGGGCAAGUACCAGAGCCUGGGCAUCAAGCAGGGUGGCCCGGCCGUGGGCAAGUGGGUGGAACUGCCUCUCACCAAGUCGCCCAAGAUCAUGCAGUUUGCCGUGGGCCACGACGGCGGCCAUGCGCUCAUGGUGGCGGAGGACGGCAGCGUCUUCUUCACCGGCACCGCCAAGAAGGGCGAGGACGGCGAGUCUGCCAAAUCACGCCGACAACCAAAGGCGUGCAAGCCCAAGAAGAUGAUCCGCAUGGAAGGAAAGGCGGUGGUGCAGGUGGCCUGCAACAACGGCAGCAGCGCGCUGGUGACGCGCGAAGGAGAGCUCUACACAUUCGGGAAAGACGCGGUGUACUCAGACGCCACUGGCCUCGUGAAGGAGCUGAGAGGCCAGACGGUGACGCAGGUGGCUCUGGGGAAGGCCCACGCCUGCGUUCUCACCAAGUCCGGCACCAUGUGGACCUUCGGGGUCAACAACAAGGGCCAGUGCGGCCGCGACACCGGCACCAACGCGCACGGGAGCAAGGGUGCCGGCACGGAGCCGCAGGCCGUGGCGGCAAUGGAGGAGGACUUGGAGGAGGAGGGGGACGAGGACCGCCAGGCUGCGGGGGGGGGCGGCGGGGUCGGCGGCGGCAUUGGCGGCGCCGGAGCUGGUGGCGUUGCGGCCGGUGCCGUCAUGUGCCCGCCCGGCACACACACGUGGAAGAUGGAGCAGUGCAUGGUGUGCACAGUGUGCGGGGAGUGCACGGGCUACGGCUCCAGCUGCGUCAGCAGCGGCCGAGCGGAACGCGCCCCUGGAACGCUGUGCGGCUGCGGCUCUGGCGACUCCGGCUGCGCCGAGUGCGGCUGCUGCAAGGCGUGCGCGCGCGAGCUGGAUGGGCAGGAGGCGCGGCAGAGAGGCAUCCUCGACGCCGUCAAGGAAAUGAUCCCGCUCGACAUCAUCAUCGGUUCUGUUGCCCAGGGCAUAAACAUAGAGGAGCGUCUUCCCUUCAAAUUGGAUGAUAAGAAACUUGCUGUACCUAAAAACCACAGGCUGGAGGGGGGACAAGAAGGCGAUGGAGAGAAGGGGGAGAAGGAUGCGAGCAAGACGACGACCUACCCCCCGGGACUGCUCCACUUCGGAUUCGGCCUCAACGAGCCGAGGGCUGCCCAGGUGUCCUGUGGUUUCCACCACUCAGUGGUGCUCAUGGAGAGUGGGGAGGUGUUCACGUUUGGCUACGGGCAGUAUGGCCAGCUCGGGCUUGGAGACUGCAACCCCAGGUUCUGCCCGACGCUGGUGCCGCUGCCGGAGCGCAGCGUGCAGGUGGUGGCCGGUGGGAACCACUCGGCGGCCCUGCUUGCCGACGGCUCGGUGCACACCUUCGGCAGUUUCUCGAAGGGGCAGCUGGGCCGCCCCAUCCUCGAGGUGGCCAUGUGGAACGCCACCCCGGCCGCCAUCCCCAACGUCGGCGCCAGGUUCGGGCGCAAGGCGGCGUGGAUCGGCGCCAGCGGAGACCAGACGUUCAUGCGGAUCGACGAGGCGCUCAUCAACGCUCACGUCCUCGCCAAGUCCGAGAUCUUCGCCAGCAGGAACAUCAUUGGCCUGCUGCCCUCUGAGGCCGGAGUCCCCGCGCCCUUCAAGUGCCUGCUCAUCAACAAGGCGGACGGCAGCUGCCGCACCUACAACGACGUGGAGCAGGAGGAGCUGCUCGGCUCGGCCGUGUGUCUCGACCCCGUCUACGACGUCCUCUGGAGGUUCACGCCGGGCUCGGGCGAGGUGUGCUGCUACAAUGCCGUGGCCGCCGAUGCUCGGCUAUCGGCGCUGCCGGAGCUUCAGCGGCGUUACAGCGUGCUGGCGCCGGAGCUGGCACUGCCCGUGGGAUCACACGCCUCUACCACGCGAUCGCACGCCGCCCUGCAUGUCCUCGGCUGUCUGGACACGCUGACCGCCAUGCAGGACCUGAAGCUUGGCAUUUCCAGCGCCGAGGAGGAAACGCCCGCCGUCGCCAAACUCUACACCAAGGACGACUACAACGUGGUCAACCGCUUCGAGAGCCACGGAGGAGGCUGGGGCUACUCGGCUCACUCGUUGGAAGCUAUCCGUUUCGCGGCCGACACCGACAUCCUGCUCGGCGGGUUCGGUCUCUUCGGCGGCCGCGGGGAGUACACCGCCAAGAUCAAGAUGUUCGAGCUGGGCCCGGAGGGCGGAGAGCACGAGACGGAUGGGGACCUGCUGGCCGAGACCGACGUCCUGGGCUACGAUUGCGCCGCACGAGAGAAGUACGCGAUGAUGUUCGAAGAGCCGGUGCUGCUGCAGGCCGGCUGGUGGUACGUGGCGUGGGCUCGCGUCUCUGGUCCCAGCAGCGACUGCGGCUCGCACGGCCAGCCGACCAUCACCACGGACGACGGGGUCGUGUUUCAGUUCAAGGGCUCGAAAAAGUCCAACAACGGAACAGAUGUGAAUGCUGGGCAAAUUCCUCAGCUGCUGUACAGACUCCCAUCGCACGACAACAGCUCGGGGAAGGGCAAGCCUCAGAGCUUGGAGCCAGUACACAUCCUGCGGCGCUCCUUCUCGCGCACCGUCUCACCCGAAUGCUUCGAGGCGCUGCUGCGCGUGCUGCAGUGGAGCUGGAGCACGCUGACGGCCGGGCUGCAGGAGCUGGGUGCCGUCACGGGCUUCACGAGGACCGCCACGCUGCUGGACCUGGAGCGGCUGGUCUUCCUGGCGUCCGCGUGCCUCCGGCUGCUGCGCGUGUUUGUGUGCGAGAUCUACCCCAGCGUGGACGGCGUCAAACCGGCGCUGGAGGAGACCUCCAAGCUCGCCGAGUGCGUGGGCAACACCAGGUGCUUGCUGCAAAAGAUCCUGGGCGACGAGACGCAGGCCCGUGCCGUCAGGCCGCGGCGGGACGAGCGGGGCCGCCCCGCCGGCUCGGGCGACACGGCGGCGGUGGUGCCGGGAAAGCCGGCCAGGCACGAGCGGGCGGACGGGCCGGAGGGCCUGCUGGAGGCAGUGCUGCAGGAGUGCCACAGCACGUUCACGGCAUGCUUCCACGCCUUCUACCCGACGCCGGCGCUGCAGUGGGCCUGCCUCUGCGACCUGCUCACGUCCGUGGACAAGGGGUCCCCGUCCGUGCCGCGGCGAGGGCGCCUGCUCGCCGCCAUAAUGUCGGCGCUGUGCCACGCUACGGUGCGCCUGGGCUCCAUCCUGCCCGUCGCCUACCAGCGGGAAUCCCAGCGUCCGCGCCAGCAGCAGCUGCAGCAGCAGCACAACAACCAGCACCAGCAACAGCAACACAGCAACCACCACCACCACAACCUCCAGCACCAGCAGCAGAACAACCAGCAGGUGUUGGCGGCCAGCGGCGGCGGCGCCGGCCUGGGCACGGAGAACGAGCUGGCGGCCGGCCACCGCUUUCCCGUGCUGGUGGCGCACAUGGAGAAGCUGGCGCAGGUGGAGGAGGGCGUGGCGUGUGAGCGGCCCAGCUUCGCCGACGUGCUCGAGCACAUGCUGCAGAUCGUCACGUCGCCCGUGCGCGAGCGGCUCGUGAGGGUCGGCGCCGGGGUCACGAGGUCAGAGAAGCUGGCCCCGCCGCCCCGUGCGCUGCCCGGCCCGCUCGGUGGUGGUGGCGGAGGCGGCGCACAGCACCACUCUCCGCUGCUGGUGUCGCACGCCUGCGGCCUGCUCGCCAGCCUCGUCAGCGAGCUCACCGCCGCCGCCCUCGGCUCGGAGGGCGAGGGCCCCAGCGCGAUGCACGCGGCUCGCGCCUCUCCGAGCCGCUUUGCCCGCACGAGCCAGGGCCGCAGCUGGAACACGGGGAACGGCUCGCCGGACGCGGUGUGCUUCAGCGUGGACCGGCCCGGCGUCGUGGCGUGCGGCUUCUGUGUGUACGGCGGCGGCGGCGUCCACGAGUAUGAGCUGGAGAUGCUCGUCGACGACAGCGAAAGGGCCGGGGACUCGGCGCACUCGCACCGCUGGACGUCGCUGGAGCUGGUGAAGGGCACGUACAGCACUGAGGAGAGCCCGGGGGACAUUGCCGAGAUCCGCCUCGACAAGCCCACGGCCAUCAAGGAGGGCGUGAAGUACGCCGUGCGCCUGCGCAACUACGGAAGCCGCACGGCGAACGGGGAUGGCGGCACAAGCGUGGUGCAGUGCCCCGACGGCGUCACCUUCACCUUCUCCGCGUGCUCGCUCAGCAGCAACGGCACCAACCAGAACCGCGGGCAGAUCCCACAGAUCCUCUACUACAGGAGCGAGGGCGACGCAGAGGGGUGCGGAGACCAGACAUGCGGGCGCGCCUCCGAGGAGGACCAGAACCGCGCGCGCAUCCUCUCCGUCGUCGCUUCUGUCGUCCGCGCCGCCGCCGAGCUGCUGGAUGUGGCGCUCACGCUCGAGGGCGAGGAGGUGCCAGAGCUCGUGAGCUCCUCCAGUCUCUUCUCUAUGCUCAUGCCGCUCGUGCUGGCUCAGAUCAGCCCCGUGGCCGCCAUCGACCCCAGGGCAUCCGUGGAGGUGUUCAACCUCGUGCAGACGCUGCUGCCUCUGGUGGCCAAGCUGAACCAGAAGUUUGCUCCACCAGCCUUCAACCCCAACCAGUCCACGGAAAACUGCUGCUGCGGUGUGGGUGGCGGCGGGCCCUCGGAGGCCGGCGGCACGGCCGCCACCACCACCUCCAACCACUACGCCACAGUGGAGAGCGAGCACCCGUACCGCCCCGCAACAGUUAGCCAGUACAAGGUGUCGUUCCCGGAGUGCGUGCGCUGGCUCACGGUGGAGUUCGACCCCCAGUGUGGCACCGCCCAGCCGGAAGACGUUCUCCGCAUCCACAUCCCGUACCGCCACCCGGCACCCGCCCCGCAACCGCCCCAGCCGUCGCCGCCACCGGCGCCGGCGCCAGCAGCCGUCGCGGGCCAAGCGCCGCUGGCCCUCGUGUCGGCCGACGAGCCGGGUGGUGCGGUCUGUGGCCCGGUCGGUGCGAAACCCCCGGUGGCAGGGGCCCAGCCCGGGGAGCCUGCGCUGUCAUGGCUGGAACUGAAGAAGUUCUCGGGGCCUUCGGGAUGGCCAACGCUGGCGCUGGUGCUUCCCGGCAACGAGAUUGUGUUUUCACUGGAGACUGCGUCCGACUACGUGAAGGAUGAGAAGGCCGUGUGCUUCGGAUUCAAGUGCGCCAUCAUCGGAUACGAGUUCAAUCCCAGCAGUGACGAGGGCGUGGUGCAGCUGGAGAAGGAGCUGGCUUUCCUGGGCAGCAUGUGUGCCGCAUCGCUCAUGAAGAAGGAUCUGACCCUUCCUCCGGCCGCCAACGGCGUGGACCUGGAGGAAGAUAUUGAGUUCGUCGAGGACUCCGCCCUGCAGGUGUACAAGGCGCACUCGGGGCUCUUGGGCAAGGGGCUGGCGCUGUCGCACCCGCCCUCCAUCCUGGAGGCGCUGGAGGGGACGCUGCCGCUCAGCACGCAGUGCAAUGAGCGCGCCUUUCUCGAGGACUUUAUCGCCUGCACCUCCUCCAGCAGCGGCGGGCGGCUCGCAAGGUGGCUGCAGCCGGAUUCCUACGUGGACCCACACAACACGAGCGUGCAGCUCAAGAAGGACGAGGUGCGGUGCGGCUGGCCCACCGUCAUCACGGUGCAGACGCGAGACCAGUACGGCGAGCUGGUGCACGGGCCCAACCUCAAGGUGGAGGUGAAGGCCGUUCCGCUGAGCCAGAAGAAAGGGGGCAGCGGUGGAAGCGGCGGCGUGAGUUCGUCAUCGUCCCGGGACAGCUCCACAGACGGCGCCGGCCGCAAGCCGCACCACAUCCCGGGCAGCCCCGCGCCGCACGGCACGCCCCACCACCAGCACGGGGCGGCGGUAGCGCCGAUCGGCGACCUCACAUUUGGGGGGCUUCCCCCGCCUAAGUUGGACACCCUCUACGAGCCCACGCUGGUGCGCGACACCUGCUACACUGCCAUCACGAUGAUGAAGGUAUACGAGAAGUAUUCGUUUGAGGAGCUCCGCCUCGCCUCGCCGACUCCAAAACGGCCGAGCGAGAACAUGCUGGUGCGCGUCAACAACGACGGCACGUACAGCGCCAACUGGACCCCGGGUGCCGUUGGCGCUUACCGCAUCCACGUCACCAUCGACGGCACCGAGACAGAUGCUGGGCUGGAGGUGGAGGUGAAGGAGCCACCCAAAGGGAUGAUGCCACCCCACGCCUCGCAGCAGCCCCGACCCAAACCAGAGCACCAGCCCAGCAAGGUGCGCAGGUUUUCGAUGAGGGACAGCGCCGGCCUCCGCGUGCGGAGUCACCCAUCCCUGCAAAGCGAGCAGAUCGGGAUCGUCAAAGUCAACGCCACCAUCACCUUCAUCGACGAGGUUCACAAUGACGAUGGCGUGUGGCUGCGUCUGAGCGACGAGAUGGUGCGCAAGUACGUCUCCAACGUGAACGGCAACCCCGAGGCGUGGUGCCUUUCCUUCAACCAGCACCUGGGACGCAAUCUGCUGGCGCCUCUGGAGGAGCCCAAGUCCAUCUACGAGGGUCUCCUGAAGGAGGCUGUGGGGAGGCGUCUCUCAGAGGUGGGAGCCAAGGAGCGGUCGUCGCGGCUGCAUGGUGGGCCCGGCUUCUACGUGGUGAUUCGCACCGGCACGUCCGGCCACAACGUGCGGAGCCGGCCCAGCAUGCGCGGCAUCCCCAUCGGCACGCUGCUGCUCGGCAACAAGAUAAAGGCACUCGGCGAGGUGAGCAACAGCGAGGGGCUGUGGGUGCAGCUGGAGCGGAGCAGCAUGGUGGAAUACUGCGACGGCGACGAGGGCGAGGCCUGGUCACUGGCGCGUGACCGCAGCGGCAUGUACUACCUCAAGCAUCCGGAAGACGAGAGCCCAGAUGGCGUGAAGGCCCCCAUGGGGCGUCCCUUCCCGGUGCCCGUCUCCGCCAUGAACGGGGCGGACGGGAACCUGCAGGGCUUCGACUUCAUGCUGGGGGAGCACGUUAGUGGCGUGCUGGAGGCCGCAACGCAGGCCCGACCCUUCCUGCCGGGGGGCGGCGGUGCGUGCGGGCCACCAGGCAGGCCCCCGCCGGCUCCCCUUGCUCCCCCCUUCUCCCUCGCGCACGGCCCCUUUGUGUUCGGGCAGGCCCUCCUGAGUCCCAACCCCACAGGUGGCAAGGACAUCCUGCAGGCGGUGGAGCCGGCGUUCGGCGGAGCCCUGCACUUCCCGCGCACCGACACCGCCUCCCACCGCAUCAAGUCGGACGCCAAGUCGUCGCGAACCGAGAGCCGCUCGGGCCGGGCGUCCUCCAAGAGCGGCGACCCCUCGCCCCGCACGGCCGCCGAGUCCCUCCUCCUCAAGUCCGACGCCGCCAAACUGCGUUCCGAGUCGCACCACGGCCGCUCCCUCUCGCCCAACCACAACUCGCACGUCGCGCCUAAGUCGGAGUCGCCCCGCCGCCCCGCCUCGCCCGUCGUCUUCCGCCCGGAGUCGCCCGUGCCGAGCGGCGGGAGGUCCGCGUCGCCCAAGGUGAAGGCGCUGGCGUCGGCGCACGGCGGUCGCUCGCCGAGCCCCGGCGCGUCCAAGACGUUGCCGGCGUCGGAGCAGGCGCGGCCGGCGAGCCCGGCACCGGGCAAGCAGCCGCCGGGAGACGCGGCGGCACGACCCGCCAGCCCGGGGCACGCCAAAUCGCCGGCCGCUGCCUCCGGCGGAGCCGUCAACUCGAAAGCAGCGGCUGCAUUGGCGGCCGUGGCGCCGACGGGUGCGGCGGAGCAGCCGGCACGGUCAACGAGCGCGGCCGUGAAGACUGUGGCAGCGGCGCUGUCGGAACAGUCGCCGCGCUCGUCCCCAUCGCGGGAGAAGAGCGGCGGCGGUGCCGGUGGUGGCGGCGGCGCGGGGAAGAACGGCGCGUCGCUCAAAGUGAAGCACGAGCCGACGCGCGAGCGCUCCAAGUCUGACUCUUACGCGCUGGUGGACACGAGCGAAGGCAAGGACGGCAAGGGCAAGCGCGCCGGCCCUGCCGCCGACGCCUUCAGGCCCGGCCGCACGGCAUCGCCGCGUUCGAGGCCCUCGGCCAACGGGGCAGAUGGUGCCGGCGGCGUGGACGCAGGUGGCUCAAAGCCGUCGGCACACGUGGUGCAGGAGAACCUGCGCAGCGAGAUCGUGGCCGUGUGUACGUCCAGCGCACUGUCGACCGGCGCUGGGCGGUCUCCCGACGGACGUAAGAAGCAGGCAUCUGACGCCAGGGUGGCCGCCAAUGGCGCGGAGGAUUUGGCGGUGGCGGUGGCGGCGUCGGCCGAGGGACCUUGCUCACUGCAGCAACUGAAAAGCGACGAGGAUUCGGACUCGGCUCCGCGCGUUCACUUCAGCAUCGGCAAAGCGCCGGCAAAAGUAGAACUCGACACCCGGCUGUCGCCCAAGACGGGGCGGAAGAGCCCUUGCCGUUUUGCGCGAGUAAAGAAGGACAAAUCCGGCAGCAGUGGCGGCAGCGGUGGCGGCAGUACCGGCAGCAGCGGAGGAGGUGGGGCCGGUGCCGGGAAAGCCGGGGAACGCGCGUCGAGUCGACCAGCCAAGGAGGCGAUGUCGCCGUCGGUGGCGGAGUGUGCCCGCACUGUGUUCGCCGCCUUCCUCUGGCACGAGGGCAUCGUGCACGACGCCAUGGCCUGCGCCUCCUACCUUAAGUUCAACCCGGCGCUCGCCAAGGAGGGCGUGGUGACGGUGCCGGGCAGGGCCGCGCCGGCACCGCCAGGGCAGCGGCAGUUGGAGGACGGCGGCGGCGAAGACGCGGUCGCGACGGGUUCGGCCGAGUCGGAGCGGGAGGCCAAACUCAAGAACCGGCACUCGCUGGACAUCUCCACGUUCCGCGUGGUCAACAUGCCGCCGCCCGGUGCCAUCAACAAGAACCAGGUACUGUCCAUGCUGCGCGAGGGCGGCCCCAGCGAGGACGACCCCGACGCGCCCGCGGCAUCGUCGUCGUCCGACGAAGCCGGCGGCUGUUGCGGCGGCUCCGGCGGCACCGGCGUCGGCGCCUCCCGCGCCCGCUCUGCACUGCCGCUCACGCUGCAGCACCUGGUGGCGUUCUGGGAGGACGUGUCGCGCGCCGUCACCCGCGCCACCGCCCAGAAUCUCAUCUUGCCCAGCCCGGGCGCCGGCGCCUUCCUGCUGCGGCGCAAGGAUUCGGGGCGCGAGAAGGAGCGCUCCAAGAAGGAGAAGAAGAAGAAGGACAAGGCAGAGGGGGGGCUGGCGGGCGGGGCGGCGGGGGGCGCCGUCGGAGGGGCGGUGGGGCUGGGGGCCGCCGGUGGAGGGAGGGUGCGAGGGGGGAACUACUUUGGCGACCUGGCGCAGUUUGCACUUGGGGUGGCGGGGGUCCCGCCGGCGGGUGGAGGGCAGGAGAAGGACACGGUGUGCGACCUCUGUGGGGGGCUCUACCCGUACCCGGUCACCUACCACAUGCGGCAGGCUCAUCCGGGCUGCGGGCGUUACGCUGGCGGUCAGGGCUACAACAGCAGCGGCAACUUCUGCGGUGGCUGGGCUGGCAACUGUGGCGACGGUGGAAUGGGUGGCAGCACUUGGUACCUGAUCUGCGACCGCUGCCGAGAGAAAUACUUACGCGAGCGGCAAGUGGCGUCGAAGGACAAGGUGAAGCGAGCCAAGAAGAAGUCGUCGCAGUCCCGCACGACGCGGUCCCUCCCCCCGAUGGAGGCGCAACAGGUGAUGCGCACCAAUGCCCUGUUCCUGCUGGCGCUGGCCAGCUCGGCCGAGACGGGCAGCCCCACCUACUACCCGCAGAAGCCACACGUGCAGACGCCGGGCUCCAGCGACCUGCAGCUGAGCGCCAGACUAGGCUGCCUCUACCUGCAGACGCUGGCCAGGCAGCAGCAGGCGGAGGUUCUGGUCAGGGAUCAGGACCCCACGCUGUACGCGGACGAGGUGCGCUUCUUGCGCUCCACGUCCGUCACUGUGCCCUACAUCUCUGUCACGCCCGGCGUGAGCCCGCUCACCGCACACCAGCCCGAUGAGACCACCAACCUCAAGUCCCUGCCGCCCAGCCUAGAGACGAGUCCCAUCGGCGAGGUGGACGGGGGGAAGCGCGUCGUGUUCCAGCGCUCCUACUCCGUUGUGGCUUCCGAGUAUGACAAGCAGCCCAACUCGGGGGCCGCCAAGGUCAAGGCCAUGGCGCGACGCCGGGUCAACAGCGGGGACACUGGCGAGGGAGGUUCCUCGCUGCUGCGGCACCCGUCGCCGGAGCUGGCGAGGCUGGUGCAGGCCCGGCGCGCCGCGGGGAAGGGCGAGCGGGCAUUCACGUGCCCCGUGCUCACGUUCGUGGUGCAGCGACACAGCCUGGACGCGUUGGAGGCCGCCAUGAAACACGCCCUGCGCAAGUCUGCGUGCCGCACGUUCGCCAUGGAGGCCUUCAACUGGCUGCUGUGCAACGUGAUUCAAACCACAUCGCUGCACGACAUCCUGUGGCACUUCGUGUCGUCGCUGACGCCGGCGCAGAGUGAGCCCGAGGAGGAAGAGGAGGACGACAACAAAAGGAGGGAGGGCGGAGAGCAGGAGAGAGACUCGCGCGUUUGCGAGCACCCGCUAUCGGACAUCGUGAUCGCGGGCGAGUCUGCCCACCCGCUCCCGCAGGCGUUCCACCGCCUGCUGCAAACCGUGUCGGACCUCAUGAUGUCACUUCCUGCCGGCAGCGCCCUCCAGCAAAUGGCGCUCAGGUGCUGGAGCCUCAAGUUCCGCCAGUCAGACCACCAGUUCCUGCACCACAGCAACGUGUUCCACCAUAUUAACAACAUCCUGUCCAAGUCAGACGAGGGCGACGGUGACGACAGCUUCAACGCCAGCGCGCAGGCGGGAGACCUGCCAGGGCCGGACCAGUGCGUGGUGUCACUGCUGCGCGACCUGACGUCGUCCUUGGAGAUCAAGGCGUCGAGCCGGCCGGCCAUGACGGGCAGCCUCACCGACGGCUCAACGGAGACGUUCUGGGAGUCGGGCGACGAGGACCGCAACAAGACCAAGAGCAUCACCGCGCUGUGCGGUGGCGGCGGCGUUGGUGCUGGCGGCAGCAAAGGGCUGCACGCACGUGCCUUCUACGUGCACGUGGACAACUCGCGGGACAUCGGGAACCGAGUGAGCUCUGUGUCAUUCCUGGCCGGGCCUACAAUCGAGGAGCUCACGAAACUAAAGCAGGUCGAGUUGGACUCCCGCCACAUGGGCUGGGUCGGCUGCGAGCUGCCGUGCUCCCUGCGACCCGAAGCGCCGCCCCUGGCCGCCGGCGCCGCCGCCAUCCUUGGCGCGGUGGCCGCGGCUCCUCCGGUGGGUGGCGGAGGCCCGGCGGUGGUGCGCGUGGAGCUGCGCGGCCCCGAGAACACCCUGAGGGUGCGGCAGGUGAAGGUGCUUGGCUGGAGGGAGGGCGAGAGCGCCCGUCAGCCGGCGCCCAUGUCGGCCGCCGCCGCCGCCCAGCAGAGGAACUGCGAGGCCGAGACGCUGCGCGUGUUCCGGCUCAUCACCUCGCAGGUGUUCGGCAAGUUGAUCUCCGGGGACAGCGAGUCCACGCCCGAGCAGGAGGAGAAGCUGCUGCUGUCGUCGCCGGACUCUGAUGACAAGGCCAAGUCUGACGCAGACCUCAAAGAGCAUAUGGUUGGCAUCAUCUUCAGCCGCAGCAAGCUCACCAACCUCCAGAAGCAGGUGUGCGCGCACAUAGUGCAGGCCAUCCGAACCGAGACGACGCGCGUGCGGGAGGAGUGGGAGACUGCAAUCUCCAGCCGAGACAAUGCCAACGCCCGCCCGCUCACGCCAGCCGGCGCCGCCGCUGUCCCCUCCUCCUCCUCAUCCGCGGCCGCCGGCGCCUCGGCCCUGCCGGCUCUCCCUCCGCCCGCCGUGCCGUCUCCUGGCGGGCCCAGCGGCGCCAGGGAGGCCGGAGGGGAGGCCGCCACAGACGCCUACUGCUUCGAGCUGCUCUCCAUGGUGCUGGCACUCAGUGGCUCCAACGUGGGACGCACGUACCUGGCGCAGCAGGCGACGCUCCUACAGGAUCUAUUCUCGCUGCUUCACACGGCGUCACCCAGGGUGCAGCGGCAGGUGGCCUCCCUACUGCGGCGCGUGUUGCCCGAGGUGCCUCCCAGCCGGCUGGCGAGCGUGCUAGGCGUUCGCUCGCUCCCGCCAGCCGACAUCAGCGAGAUCAUCCACUCGUCGGAGGGUUGGGACCACCCACGCGUCUGCAUCCUCGACGUCUUCCUUGGCUGCAUCGCCAAGGCCCUCACCGUGCAGCUCAAGGCCAAGGGUGGUGGUGGCAGCGGUGGUGGUGCUGCCGUGGCGGCCAGCGGAGGGUCGCUGGGGCCGGGCGUCGGACGGGGCAUCGCGACGGUCACUCUGUCGUCCGCUUUCCAUCCCAACUCCCAGCGUCCGGAGCACCACUGGUGGCUCAAGGGCAGCACCCCUCCCCAGAUCGCCGAGGUCAUCAUGCGACUCAUCACAGACAUGGCAGCCGGCCACUUGUCGGAGGCGUGGUCGCGCGUCACCAAGAACGCCAUCGCGGAGGCCAUCAUCGCUCUCACCAAGCUGGAGGAGGAGCACCGCUCUCCGCAGCAGUGCAUCAACACCACCCGGCUCUGGCUGGCACUGGCGUCCCUCUGCGUCCUCGACCAAGACCACGUGGAUCGGCUGUCGUCCGGACGCUGGAUGAGCAAGGACGGCCAGCAGAAGCAGAUGCCAAUGUGCGACAACCACGAUGACGGCGAGACGUCGGCCAUCAUCCACUGCAGUGCGUGCGGGAACCUGUGUGCCGACUGCGACCGCUUCCUGCAUCUGCACCGCCGCACACGCUCCCACCAGAGACAGGUCUUCAAGGAGGAGGAAGAGGCGAUCAAGGUGGACCUGCACGAGGGAUGCGGUCGGACGAAGCUCUUCUGGCUCAUGGCGCUUGCCGACUCCAAGACACUCAAGGCCAUGGUGGAAUUCCGCGAGCAGACUACGGGUAAGGCCUCGGCCAGCAGCAUGGUGGAGGCUUGCCGGUUCUGCGCUUCGCGGAGUAACACGGAGCUCUCGGCUGUCGGGAGCGUCUGCACCGACCCCGACUGCCAGGAGUACGCGCGCACGGCAUGCGUCAAGACCCACGGCUGCGGGCACGCGUGUGGUGGCGUGCGCGACGAGAGCGCGUGCCUGCCCUGCCUGCACGGCUGCAGCAAGGCGAGCAGCCGGCUCAAGCAGGACGCAGACGACAUGUGCAUGGUGUGCUUCACCGAGGCGCUGUCUGCCGCGCCGGCUGUGCAGCUGGAGUGCACCCACGUGUUCCACCUGCACUGCUGCCGGCGCGUGCUCGAGAACCGCUGGGUGGGACCACGCAUCACCUUCGGCUUCCUGCUUUGCCCCAUCUGCAAGAGCAAGAUCGCCCACCCUGUGCUGCGGGAGCUGCUGGCGCCGAUCGGAGAGCUGUACGAGGACGUGCGCAGGAAAGCGCUCAUGCGGCUCGAGUACGAGGGCCUGCACCAGAGCGAGGCCAUCAGCACGCCCGGCGCGCGCUUCUACAGCGACCCGGCCGGCUACGCCAUGAACCGCUACGCCUACUACGUCUGCUACAAGUGCAAGAAGGCCUACUUUGGCGGUGAAGCGCGCUGCGACGUGGAUGCCGGGCACGGGGACGACUUUGACCCCCGCGAGCUCAUCUGUGGCGGCUGCUCCGACGUGUCGCGUGCACAGAUGUGCCCCAAGCACGGCACGGACUUCCUCGAGUACAAGUGCCGCUACUGCUGCUCCGUGGCAGUGUUCUUCUGUUUCGGCACCACGCACUUCUGCAACCCGUGCCACGACGACUUCCAGCGCAUGACCAGCGUGCCCAAGGAGGAGCUGCCACGAUGCCCCGCCGGGCCCAAGGGGAAGCAGCUGGAGGGCUCCGAGUGCCCCCUCCACGUGGUGCACCCCCCGACGGGCGAGGAGUUCGCCCUCGGCUGUGGCGUGUGCCGCAACGCGCACACGUUCUGACGCGCGCGUCCGAACGGGGACGUCCCCCAAUGGCAGAGAGCGGCGGCGGCCACUACAACAACGGCAGCGACCACGACGACGACGACAAUGACGCAACAGAGAGCACGCCGGCUUGAGACGGAGAGACGCCGCCGAGGGUGGCGCGCGGCUCCCGCUCGCCGGUUCAUCGUGGAUGCCGGUCAGCCGGCCGGCCGUCUGUCCGCUAACUGGAGAGUGGCGGUCCAGGCUGGUGUGACGGAUCCCGCGUUGGGUAUUUUUAUUGGGCGUCUUUCUUGUUCUCAUUUUACGGAAAGCGCUGCCCAUGACCACACGCGUGGGCGAUUACCGCCUGUCCGGCGAGAGCGCGGUUUUACCUUCCAUGGGGCGGCUGUGAGAAACUAAGGUGGUGAUGAUGAUGACGACGACGAUGAUAAUGAACGUGAUUUCGCGCGAGAGAAAUAUUUUAAAGGCAACGGGAGCAGCGCCGGAGGUUUGUUUUCGGUGGGGAAUGGUGGCUGCGGGGUUACCACCGUGCCCCAUGCCCCGCUCGAACCAUCCACCGGUCUCUUGAUGGUGAGCACGAGAUGACGAGAGUGGGAGGAUCAUGGGAAGAUCAUGGGGAGUCGCUGUACGAACCUCCACUAGUGGCGUACAGCCAGACGACUUUUUAUUUAUUGGACAUUCAGAGCGAAAUCUCCGUCUGUGGUGGGGUUUUUUUUCCUCCUCCCUCUGCGUUUCAUGAGCUUGUGAUUUAUUUCACCGGAUUCAUUUGAGCCAUCUGCGUUCUCGAGUCUGAGUGCACUUCGACUCACGGCGUGGUCAGGCGUUGCUCGUGUGUCUCGUAGCCACGACCCCCCUUUCUCCGACGAUCCACGACUUAUGUUUUUGCGCUGUUGGCCGGUUGCCAAAGUUAAAGAUUAAAAUAACAAUUCCUUUACCAGACACAGGCGGCCGACGCAAUUAUAUACUCCUACUACUACUUGCUACCUUUAUCAAUUUCUCAUUUGUACAAAUGUGCGCAGGUAUAUUGCGAAAAUAAAACUGUUACCCAUG